AUGGCUUCACCAACUGCAACUAAAGCUUUCAAAAUUACAACUGUUGCCCCAACUACAACAACAUCUGCCCAAAUAAAUACUACAGCUGCCCCAACUUUAACCACAGCUAGCCCCACUACAACUACAACUAAAGCUGCCCCAACUACAACCACAGCUGCACAAACUACAACUACAGCUUCCCCAACUACAACAUCUGCCCAAACGACAACAACUGCCACACCAAACACUAACACAGAAGCCUUCACUACAACCACUGCUGCUCCAACUACAACUACAGCUUCCCCAAUUACUACUACAGCUGCACAAACUACAACGACAGCUGCCCCAACGACAACAACUGCUGUAACAACUACUACCACACCUUCCCAAACUACGACCACGGCUUCCCCAACUACAACUACAGCUUCCCAUACUACAACAACUGCAGCACCGACUACAACAACUGCUGCACCAAAAACCACAAAAGCUGCCCUUACUACAACCAAAGCUAGCCCCACUACAAUUAUAGCUACUCACACUACAACCACAGCUGCACGAACUACAACUACAGCUUCCCCAACUACAACUGCUGCCCCAACUACUACAAUUACUGCUAAAAAAACAACUGCAGCUUCCCCAACUACAAAAAAAUGCCGCACCAAAAACAACUACAGGUUCACCAACUACAACUACAGCUUCCCCAACUACAACUGCUGGCCCAAGUACAAAAACUGCCACACAAACAACAACUACAGCUUCCCCAACUACAACGACAGCUGCCCCAACGAUAAAAACUGCUGCACGAACUACGACAACAUCCGCACCAACAACUACCACAGAAGCCACAACUACAGCUUUCCGGACUUCAAAAACUGCAGCACCGACUACAACAACUGCUGCACCAACAACCACCACAGCUGCCCUGACUACAACCAAACUGUACAAACAAAAACUACAACUUCCCAGACUAUAACUACUGCCCCAACGACAACAACUGCAGCACCAACAACUACCACAGAAGCCCCCACUACAACAACAGCAUCCCCUACUACAACUACAGCUGCACCAACAAUGACAGCUGCACCAACAACAACCACAGCUGCCCCAACCACAACCACAGAUAGCCCCACUACAACUACAGCUGCACCAACUACAACCACAGCUGCACCAACUAAAACUACACCUUCCCAAACUACAACUACUGCCUCAACGAAAACAGUAACACCAACAACUACCAUAGAAGCCCCCACUACAACCACAGCGUCCCCAAAUAAAACUACAGCUUCCCCAACUACUACAACUGCUACACCAACAACAACUGCUUCACCAACUACAACCACAGCUUCCCCAACUACAACCACCGCAAGCCCCACUAAAACCACAGCAAGCCCCACUACAACUACACCUACCCCAACUACAACUACAGCUGCUUCCCCAACUACAACUGCUGCCCCAACUACAAAAACUGCUGCCCAAAUAACAACUACAGCUGCACCAGCUACAACUACAGCUUCCCCAACAACAACAACUGCUGCACCAACUACAACAACUGCCGCACCAACAACAACUACACCUGCCCAAACUACAAUGACAGUUUCCCCAACGACAACAACUGCUGCACCAACCACGACAACUGCCGCACCAACAACUACCAAAGAAGCCGCAACUACAACUACAGCUUCCCCAACUUCAAAAACUGCUGCACCGACUAAAACAACUGCUGCACCAACAAUCACCACAGCUACCCAAACUACAACCACAGCUAGCCCCACUACAACUACAGCUGCCCCAACUACAACCACAGCUGCACAAAUUAAAACUACAGCCUUCCCCAACGACAACAACAGCUACCCCAAUGACAACAACUGCUGCUCCAACUACAACUACUGCCGCACCAAUAACAACUACAGCUGCCCCAACGACAACUGCCCCAACGAUGACACCAACUGCACCGACUACAACUGCCGCACCAACAACUACCACAGAACUUCCCCAACUACAACUGCUGCCCCAACGAUAACAACUGCCAAACCAACUACUACCAUAGAAGCCUUCACUACAACCGCAGUGUCCACAACUACAACUACAGCUUCCCCAACUGCUACAACUGCUGCACCAACUACAACCAUUGCUACCCAAACUACAACUACAGCUAGCCCCACUACAACUAAAGCUGCACCAACUACAACCAAAGCUUCACCAACUACAACUACAACUUCCCCAACUACAACUACUGCCCCAACAACGACAACUGCCGCACCAAAAACUACCAAAGAAGCCCCAACUACAACUACAGCGUCUCCAACUACAACAACUACUGCACCAACAACCAUCAUAGCUUCCCCAACUAAUACCACAGCAAGACCCACUACAACUACUGCUUCCCCAACUAAAACCACAGCUGCACCAACUACAACUACAGAAUCCCCAACUACAACUGCUGCCCGAACGAAAACAACUGCCACACCAACAACUACCACAGAAGCCCCCACUACAACAACAGCGUCCCCAACUACAACUACAGCUGCACCAACAAUGACAGCUGCACCAACUACAACCGCAGCUGCACCAACUAAAACUACAGCUUCCCCAACUACAACUACUGCCUCAAUGAAAACAGUCACACCAACAACUACCAUAGAAGCCCCCACUACAACCACAGCAUCCCCAACUAAAACUAAAGCUUCCCCAACUACUACAACUGCUGCACCAACAACAACUCCUUCACCAACUACAACCACAGCUUCCCCAACUACAACCACCGCAAGCCCCACUAAAACCAUAGCUAGCCCCACUACAACUACAGCUACCCCAACUACAACUACAGCUGCCAAAACGACAACAACUGCUGCACCGACUAUAAAAAAUGCCGCACCAAAUACUACCACAGAAGCCUCAACGACAACCAAAUGCUGCACCAACUACGACAACGGCCACAUCAACAACUACCACAGAAGCCGCAACUACAACUAA